AUGCAAAUUGCCUUCGCCGUUGCUGGUUUGGUCGCGUCCGCUGCGUAUACCACCUCCCACGUGCACCCUCGUCAUGCUGCUGUGGCUUCCACUUUCUGCACCAAUGUGAGCGUCGUGGACGAUGCCACGGGCGACGUCGCCGUCGUGCACUGCCUCCACAUCCUGUUGAGUUUUGUGCGCGCGACUUCCAAGUGCGUCGAAUGGGACAUGCGAAAGGAUCCUGAUGCCGUGUCUGAGGACGAAUAUAUUGUGUGGUUCAAGCAAGGGUACGACGUCAAUCCCCAGGCCCUGGAUACCCUAAAGAAGCGGGUCCAAUCUGCUGUUGUUUUUCAUAUAUUGGUCCCGGACGCGGAUUCCCGGAUCGGACGUAUGCUGGAUGGUUUGGCUGUGGCUAUUCGUCGGGACCGCCAAGAGUCGGUGAUUCGAGAAGUGAGCCAGACGAUUGUGAAGAUCAUCACGGACGCCGUCGUGCCUGCGUCGCUACACCGUGCCAUUACCGAGCAGAUGGCGUUGACGCGAAACACGCCUUUGAAGAAGGAUGUGUACCGGUUUGUGCGCUGGUUGCGGCAAUAUGCGAUCCCACACGAGCGUUUUGUGGGUUACGAUGAAGAGUUGGAGCCGCCUCAGAAGCCGGACCUACUGAAGCCGCCCGGGUCGAAGGACUUGGGAGUACGCAGGAUCCCGAGGGGAGACGCGAAGCCCCUGGCACCUGCUCCGAACGCAUCAGCUAUUGAGGCCAAGCAACUGCUAAGAGCACACAGAAGUACGUUCAAACGUGGUCGAAGCAGCGAGAAAGGAGCCUCGGGAGCACCUGGUGGCCGCGUGGCGACAGUGAAGACCGAUGUCCCAGACGGGAAACGGCUUGAGCUCCCGGCUAUUGUGGACGGUGUCCUUCCUGUGCAGGCAUCACUACUGGACUCAGGAGCUGAUUUGUCGGUGACCACAGGAGGCCUGGUUUCUGCACUGUUAACUGCAGGAGCAUCCCCGGAGAUUACGGUCAUGGUCCGAUGGAACUCCGACCCACCCGUUGAGCUUACGCUGGGCUACAAUCAGCAGACGUUGCUGGAGAAUGCACGUCGGCAGGAAGCCGUAUGGGAUUUCGAGGUGUCAGACGGUAUGGACGACGACGAAGGGAUGGCGUGUGCAACGCCAGAACUUGGAAAUACGCCUGACCACGAUGGUCCGGUGCGUAUUGUUCUGGAGUCCAAGGUGGCUGAGGCGGCUACCGCGGGCAUGCCAACAGCAGCUGUCGAGCAGCUCCAGGACCUGUUGAUGGAGUUUCGGGAGGUGUUCCGGCUGAAGUUCGGAAGAGACCCACCGGUGAAAGUGGAAUCGUUGAAGGUGCGCCUCGAGGAAGGGGCUAUGCCGGUGAAGUCGGGACUGCGGCGCUACCCUCUCCCCCAUAUGGCGUUCCUGGAAAAGCAUGUCCGGGAGCUGGACAAAGCGGUUCUGGUGUACCGCAACACUAGAUCGCGCUGGGUCUCGGCUCCGAGGAUUGUCCCGAAGAAGAUUCGGGAGACCUCAUGA